UCGAUGUUCUCUUUCUCCUCUACAUUUACGCGCCAAACAGUGGUACGCGCGUUCGACGUUUGGUUUUGUUUUUAGACUAACCGUUGUUAAAAAUCACAUAUAGUUCAAGUUUUUGUGUCUACCAAUUAAAAACGAUUAAAAACGAUGGAGGGUUUCGACGAUGUUGGUGUAUUUUUCUCCGAUAACUUCGGGGACGAUGGCCAGCAGCAGCAGGGAUCUAACCAGAUCAACCUGCAGCAGAUGAAGAAAAAGUAUCGCGAAUUUAUUCGAACAUUCUGCGAGGCAAACUUCAGCUACAAAUAUCGUGAUAAUUUAAAGCGGAAUUAUCUGCUGGGUCGGUACUAUUUGGAGGUGGAAAUUGAAGAUCUGGCUGGGUUCGACGAAGGGCUGGCGGAUAAGCUGUACAAGCAACCUACGGAACAUUUGCAGAUUUUCGAAGAAGCAGCUCGCGAAGUCGCCGAUGAAAUAACUGCCCCGAGACCAGAGGGAGAAGAAGAAAUCCAUGAUAUUCAAGUUUUGCUUACGUCCGGGGCCCAUCCGACAAACAUUCGCGACAUGAAGUCAGAAUGCGUUUCCCGGUUGGUUAAAGUGGCCGGUAUCAUCAUAUCUGCUUCGGGAAUUAAGGCAAAGGCGACCAAGAUAUCGAUCCAGUGUCGAUCUUGUAGCAAUGUAAUCCCCAAUCUGCCGGUGAAUCCAGGAUUGGAAGGAUACCAGCUGCCGAGGAAGUGCAAUACCGAGCAAGCUGGCCGUCCCAAAUGCCCGCUUGAUCCGUAUUUUAUAAUGCCGGACAAAUGCAGAUGCGUCGACUUUCAGGUUUUGAAGCUGCAGGAACUGCCUGACUUUAUCCCACAAGGAGAAAUUCCUCGGCAUAUGCAGUUGUUCUGCGAACGUAGUUUGUGCGAACGGGUUGUGCCGGGUAACCGAGUUCUGAUUCACGGAAUCUUUUCGAUUCGAAAGAUUGGCAAACCGAGCAAACAGGACGGACGUGAGAAGGCUAUUGUGGGAGUGCGGGCACCCUACAUGAGAGUUAUUGGUAUUACGGUUGAUACCGAGGGAGUGGGAGCAGUAUCCCGAUUCAACAACAUCACUACAGAGGAGGAAUCCAAAUUUCGCAAGAUGGCAGCGAAUCCGAACAUCUACGAUUCACUGACGGCAAGCUUAGCGCCUAGCAUUUUCGGUUCGCAGGAUAUUAAAAAGGCAAUUGUCUGUAUGCUGUUUGGUGGGUCGAGAAAACGAAUGCCCGAUGGUUUGAACCGUCGUGGGGACAUCAACAUUUUGUUGCUGGGAGAUCCCGGAACGGCAAAGUCUCAGCUGUUGAAGUUUGUGGAGAAGGUCGCUCCGAUAGCGGUUUACACAUCCGGAAAGGGUUCAAGCGCUGCUGGUCUGACGGCGUCCGUAAUGCGUGAUCCAGCUACAAGGAACUUCGUCAUGGAAGGAGGGGCUAUGGUUUUGGCGGAUGGUGGUGUGGUCUGUAUCGAUGAGUUUGAUAAAAUGAAAGAAGACGAUCGUGUCGCAAUUCACGAGGCUAUGGAACAGCAAACUAUCUCGAUUGCAAAGGCAGGAAUCACAACGACACUGAACUCACGCUGUUCCGUGCUAGCGGCAGCCAAUUCCAUCUUUGGUCGCUGGGACGAUACUAAGGGCGAAGAAAACAUUGAUUUUAUGCCAACUAUUCUCUCUCGUUUCGAUAUGAUUUUCAUCGUUAAGGAUGUUCACGAUCAGACGCGUGACAUUACGCUGGCCAAGCACGUCAUGAACAUACACAUGAAUGCUAACAAAGCCAUGGAUGCACCGGAAGGUGAGAUCCCGCUAGCGGUGUUCAAAAAAUAUAUAAACUACUGCCGAACACACUGCGGGCCAAGGUUGAAUGAGGAAGGGGCUGAGAAGUUGAAAUCCCGCUACGUCCUGAUGCGAGGCGGAGCCGGCGAGCAGGAACGCCAAUCGGACAAGCGUCUCUCGAUUCCAAUCACGGUCCGGCAGCUGGAAGCUAUUAUUCGCAUAUCGGAAUCGUUGGCGAAAAUGCAGCUGCAACCGUUUGCCACGGAUGCUCACGUAACGGAAGCUCUUCGACUGUUUCAAGUUUCCACACUGGACGCGGCCAUGUCCGGUUCGUUGGCCGGUGCGGAAGGAUUCACCACCGAGGAGGACACCGAGAUGCUGAACCGGAUCGAGAAACAGCUAAAGCGUCGAUUUGCCAUCGGAUCGCAGGUAUCCGAGCAGAACAUCAUACAGGAUUUUUCCCGGCAAAAGUAUCCGGAACGGGCGGUCCUGAAGGUGAUCCAUACGAUGAUCCGGCGGGGAGAACUGCAGCAUCGGAUGCAGCGGAAGAUGCUCUAUCGGUUGUCCUAGGACGAUGCAUGUGCUGCUUUUACUCACUUUUAUCUGAUUGAUUCAUUUUAAGGUAAUCUUUUGAUUCGAACUUUUUUACUUAUAUAAAACAUUGAUAACUUUCGGAUUGAUUGUUGGUUAAUACAUCGAAAAUAUUGCAUAUAUACAA